AUGUACUGCCCGCAGCCGGGCCCCGGCCAGCAUGCGCCGCCCUCGGCCGGCGAGCGCAUCACCCAGCACAUGCUGUUUGAGCGCCUGCCGCACGAGCCCUGGGCCACCCCCGGCCUGGACAUCCUCCUCCGGGCCAAGGAGCAGGUGAUCGCCGGCCAGGGGCCCCACGCGGCCGAUGACGACGCCAACAUGGCCGCGGCCCUGCUCCUGCGCAUCGGGGACUUCCUGCCGGCGGCCGACCCGGCCGACCGCGAGCGCGGGCCCCUGCGCGAGUACCUGCACCAGGUGCUGCCCGGGCCGCUGGCCCGGCUGGCCGACCGGUCGCUCGGGGCCGCGGCCCGGUGGCGGCGCGACGUCCACCUCCGGUCGCUGGGGGCCGUGCGCACGCUGACCCCGCGCUUGAUGGCCGCCGCCGGGGUGGGCCCCAUCGCCAACCACCCCACCGAUCACAAGGAUAGCCUCCCGGCGGCGGCCCUCCUGGCGGCCAGGUCCUUCUUCUCCGGGUCCGGCUCCGCCGGGCUCGGGCCGCUGCAUGGGGGCCAUGCGGCGGCCGGCUCGCCGGGGGAGCCCUGCCCCGCGGCCAUGCCGGCCGAGGCGCUGGCGGCCUCGCCGACCGCCGGCGGCCGCCCCCUUGAGGAGCUUCCCCGGCUGGAGGCCGGGUGCUCGGCCACCACCGGCACCGCCUCGCGGCAACUGGACCCCGCCGCCAGCACCCUGGCCUUCCGCCGGGUGCGGCAGCUCCUCUUCCCGACAUCCGACUGGCCGGCCCCCCUGGACCGGGUCAAGUCCCUGCGCUGUGUGCCGGUGGCCGGGCCCGGGCUGGCCGGCGCCGGGCCCCCGGCCGAUCCCCUGCGCGCGGCCGAUCUCGAACGUGAGGCCAAGGUCAGCCCGCAGGCCCCCGGGCUGACGCUCGUCCUCUGGACCGCGGCCAGUGGCUCACCGGUGCGCAUUGUGGUGCCCCCGGCCGAUGCCACCGGGCAGGUCCUCCUCCCGCGGACAUCCGGCCGGGCGCCCCGGUCCCAUGGGCUCUGCCGCAUGGACCCCCUUCGGGACGGGUCCAUCGAGGUAGACCUGCAGCAUGGGGACCUGGUGCUGCUGCUGUCCGAGGGAGGUGGCCAGGUGAAUCCGGCGGUGGCCGGGUGCCGGGAUCUCGACGCACCGGCCGGCAUCGGCGGCGGGGGUCACCUCAUCCGCGGGGGCUUUGAUCUGGCUUGA